AUGGCUUCCACCGAUGAUCCCAUCACGCUCACUUCCCUAUCUGGUCGUCGCAAGAGAAAUAUAGUACAAGGGGAAGCGAAAAGAAUCCAGGUGAAAGGGGUUAUGACAACCAUCCGACGACUGUUUACUCGACUCGUACUCGAGACCGAAGCUGCUUGCUUUCCGGUGGAUGUGGUAUCGCCUAAACAGGACAGGACACCUCUGAGCUUGAAACUCUCUGAGAUUGCGCGACGCCCAACAGUUGAGAACAUAAUUUGA